AUGGUCAUUUUAACCUCAGUUCGUAAAUCACCUGCUUAUCUCUACGCCAAAACGUACUGUCUCUGUGCAUUGGUCUCCCUCGUACAGGCGACGCCCGUAUCAUCGCGGUUUCAAACAACCAAGCCAACGCGCUUUCGCAAUGGAAGAAUCUUGACAUCAAGCCCAAGCCCACACGGAAUUCAACACACUACUAGUGAGGAAAAAUAUUCAUUGUCCGAGAAAGCGACGCGUAUCGUGCAGAGAUGGUACGCCAGAGCAGAAGACCUCGCUUCUGUCAGGAAGCUUCUCAAACGCGAUGAAUCAGACAGCAAAACAUACCCCGAACUGAAAUGGGACGCAAAAGUCCGCCAAAGCUCAUCUCUACACCCAGAAGAGCAGAAAUUUAUAAAUCUUCGCCAACUUCGGAUGUCAUCAGAAGGUGAAGACUCACUACGCAAAUUUCUUGACCUACCACCAAACGAAAAGGUCGACCCACGAGAUGUCCCGCUCAUAUCCCUCGGUGGCUCUGGCGGCGGGUAUAGAGUCAUGUACGGUUUUGCAGGCUUCAUACACGCCGCUAAACAAGCUGGUCUGUGGGAUUGUAUCACUUGGACGGCUGGUGUAAGCGGUAGUUGCUGGACUUUGGCAGGAUACUACACCAUCGCUCGUAACGACAUUUCAAAACUGAUCGAUCACUAUUUAACUGUCGCGAGUGAAAAGGCGCAUCCCAUGAGUAUUUAUGCUCUUAACAAAGUCGCGCGAAGUAAGAAGGGUGUUUACUUUCUCAUCGGUCCGUUGGUAAGUAAAGCGCAGAAAAGUAUUAUUGGAUUGAGUGUUAUGGAUCUAUAUUCUACGCUUACGGCGACGUAUAUGCUUUUAUCAAGGGAGGGGAAGGGAAGUUUGGGAAGAGCUAUGUUCCAGUGGUCGAGGAUCUGGGAGAGAAGUGGCAUUGCGGAAGGGAGGGAGCCGAUGCCGAUCCUUGCUGCUGUUAGGAGGGUUCCGAAGUAUUCUUAUGUGAGGAAGAGUCCUGCGAGAAAGGUGACUGAUGUUCUGGAUGGGAUUACAGUUCAAGACAAGGCGGCUUCAAGAAGUGUGUCAGGGAGUCGACCGAGGAAGCUCUUCCAGUACUUCGAGAUCUCACCUCUCGAAAUCGGAAGUCCGGAUCUCAAUCGCUACGUCCCAUCGUGGUCAUGGGGCCGCACCUUUGUCUCUGGCCACUCAGUCGACCGUCGUCCGGAACAAUCCUUCUCACUUCUCCUCGGCCAGUGCACAAGCGCACCUGCAGGACCGUUGACGGAGUGUAUUAAAGCUUUUCUGGUGUCGAUACCCAAGGAUACAAUCAUGGCGCGCUUGGUUGGGGCGUUCAACAGACUACUCCAAUCCAAGCAGCUUGAGGGUCUGUGGGGAAAUCCAAUUCGAGCGGGCCAUGAUCCGAAUCCUUUUUAUGGACUUGAGAAGCCACUUAUGGCGAGGGAACAUACGUCUGAGCACGCCGAACUUCGAUCACAUGCAGCCGACACGGAAGUUCAGAGACCCAGCGCCGUGACAGACGCUUCAACGGGACACCAUACGCCAUGGGAAGCCCAAGGACGUACAGGAUUAAUGGACUGCGGCAUGGCGAAUAAUCUCCCCAACCAUGUCCUCGCAAGAGCAGAACGAGGUGUCGGUAUUUUUAUAUCCUUCGAUUCAUCAUCGGAUGUUCAGACUGGAGCCGCCGUCCAGCGCUUACACCACUGGGCUGCGGACUUUGACUUUGAGCUUCAAGAGGACACCAAUAUCUUCCACAGACCCCAGAAAAACCCUGAUCUAGACUCGAGUCUUGGUUCGGAGAUCGAAGUUCGGCAUCUAGAUCAGUAUGCAAGAGUGUUUCGGGCUAAAAGGCAGAAUGGCCAUGAGGUUUAUGUCAUCUACUGUCCACUUCUACCGAAUGGCAUCAACCCUGACUAUAACCCAGCAGUAAGUUCUGACACUUCUCAUAAUGAUCCAACUGACCUGUCAGACAUCUCCAUUUUCGACCUCAACAAACCUAAUGUGGACACCCGCCCAAGUUCAAACAGUCCUCACAACAUCCUCAGCAAACUUCACAAACUACGCUCUAGACACUAUAAAACGCGUCGUUAA